AUUAGAGAGAGUGAGAGAGAGAGAGAGAGACAGAGAGAGAGAGCGAGAGAGACAGAGAGAGAGAGAGACAGAGACAGAGAGAGAGAGAGAGAAUCUGGCUCGUCCUUGAAUGCGGACAGAAGGAGAGGGACGGUAACAAAGCUCCGUCAAAGGCGUCCGGAUCUCCUCUGUCAUCAGAAACACGGCGCUGAUUACACAGAGCAGCAUCACCCAGCCUCCUGCGCAUCAUCCGCGGCUCCGCAUCCGCAGCUUUCCGGGAAGAAGACUAUCCUCAUCGCAGCAAGGUCCAGAUUGAACACCACUUCUUCCUGUGAGAUAAGGUGAUCAGGUUUUGAGCCCAUCUGCUCCUGGUCCGUUUGCGAUCCUGUUGUAAUCCAGCUGGAUCCAGAUGAUGGAGCGCUUGCUGUGUCUGCUGGUCCUCAGCUCAGUAGUCCUGAAGGAGGCUGUCGGUGGAGACGUGUGUGUGUCGGGUCACGACAGCGGGCCACUGUUUGAAGAACAGCCGAGCAGUGUCAUCUACCCAGAAGGCCUGAGUGAAGGCAAGGUGACCCUCAGCUGUCAGGCCAGAGCUAGUCCAGCUGCAUCUUACAGAUGGCUUGUGAACGGCACAGAGGUUCCGCUGGGUUUGGACUUGCGCUACACCCUGGUGGCCGGCAACCUGGUGAUCAGCAGCCCCGAGUCCAUUCGAGACACCGGCUCCUAUCAGUGUCUGGCCAUCAACCGCUGCGGCACCAUCAUCAGCCGAGCAGCGAACCUUAAAUUUGGCUACCUCCAUGACUUCCCUCCGGACAGCAGGAGUCCUCAGACAGCAUAUGAAGGCAUCGGAGCUUUCCUGGCCUGCCAGCCCCCUAUACAUUACCCAGCUCUGUCCUACCGCUGGUUGAUCAACGAAUUCCCCAACUUCAUCAAGAAGGACGAUGGCCGCUGGUUUGUGUCGCAGGUCACGGGGAACUUGUACUUGGCGAAAGCAGAGCCAAACGACACCGGGAACUACUUCUGCUUCACCACCAUCAACAUGGACAUCAGCACCAAGAGCACCUUCAGCAAGGCCAACCAGCUCACUGUGCUGCCGGACGUCAAUCCCAGGAAGUCAGCUCCCAUCAUAAAAGUACGCUUCCCAGCAGAGACCUACGCCCUAGCAGGACACACCACCCAGUUAGAGUGCUUCGCCUAUGGAAAUCCAGUCCCAAAACUGCGAUGGAGGAAGGUGGACGGUUUGAUGCCGUCCAAGGCGGGCUCCAGUGCCGAGGCUCCAACCCUCAUCCUGCCAGAACUCUCCUUCGAUGACGAAGGUGUUUAUGAAUGUGAAGCCUACAACUCAGAGGGCAGUGACACCUACCAGGGACGCAUCAACGUGCAAGCUCAGCCCGAGUGGCUGCAGGUGAUGAGCGACUCAGAGGUGGAGAUCAGCUCAGAGCUUCUCUGGAGUUGCAUUGCUGCCGGUAAACCCCGACCCUCCAUACGCUGGCUACGCAACGGACAACCACUCAGCACACAGGACCGGGUAGAAGUGAACGGGCCUCGACUUAAGAUCAGUAACCUGGCCCUGGAGGAUUCUGGGAUGUACCAGUGUGUCGCUGAGAACAAACAUGGCACCAUCUACUCCACUGCUGAGCUCAGAGUCCAAGUUCAGGCUCCAGACUUCAGGUUGAACCCAGUAAGGAGACUGAUCCCCGCAGCCAGAGGGGGGCAGGUGAUGAUUGAGUGUCGCCCUCGAGCCGCUCCGAAGCCCAGCCUGUUCUGGAGCCGGGGGACGGAGCUGCUCACCAACAGCAGCAGAGUCACCGUAACUCCAGACGGCAUCCUGUGGAUCCACAACAUCAGCAGGGCAGACGAAGGGAAAUACACCUGCUUUGCUGAGAACUACCUGGGCAAAGCCAACAGCACCGGACACCUGUCUGUCAGAGAUGCCACUAAGAUCACGCUGGCUCCUUCCAACGCCGACAUCAACCGAGGGGAGGACGUGACGCUGCAGUGUCACGCCUCCCACGACCCCACCAUGGACCUGACCUUCACCUGGGCCCUCAACGGGGUUCUGUUGGACCUGGAGAACCCGGCCGGGCCGUACCACCGUGUGGAGGGGAAGGAAAACAUUGGUGACCUGUUGACCGUGAACACUAAGCUGAGUCAAGCAGGGAUAUACACGUGCACAGCUCAGACUGUGGUGGACAGCGCUUCAGCUUCAGCCAAACUAGUGGUUCGAGGCCCCCCUGGACCUCCUGGAGGUUUACUGGUAAAGAACGUGGCCGAGGCGUCGGUGGAGCUCAGGUGGAGUCGUGGCUACGAUAACCACAGUCCCAUCGGCAAAUAUGUCAUCAUGGGCCGGUCAUCGCUCUCAUCAGAGUGGAAGAAGAUGAGGACAGACCCGGUGAACAUCGAGGGGAAUGCAGAGUCAGCUCGUGUGAUGGGACUGAUGUCCUGGAUGGAUUAUGAAUUCCAGGUCAUCGCCAGCAACAUCCUGGGCAGCGGAGAGCCCAGCAUGCCCUCACACACCAUCCGCACACAGCAAGCAGCUCCCACGGUGGCCCCCAGUGGUCUUGGAGGAGGAGGAGGAGACCGCAACGAACUCAUUGUGACCUGGACGCCCAUGGCCAGAGAGUACCAGAAUGGAGACGGCUUUGGCUACGUCCUGGCAUUCAGGAAGAAAGACACACAAUCUUGGACGGUGGUGCGUAUUCUUCACGUGGAGUCGUCCCGAUACGUCUACUACAACGACAGCCUGACGCCGUACAGUCCCUUCGAGGUGAAGAUCAAAGCUUACAACCGCAGAGGAGAAGGUCCGUUCAGCCAGAUCGCUGUGGUGUACUCUGCAGAGGAGGAACCAACAGUGGGACCAUCGAGCAUCAACGCCACGGCGCUGACCGCCUUUGAGAUCCAGGUGUCGUGGGAGCCCGUCCAGCAGCUCAACGCAAACGGCAUCCUCAGAGGAUAUGAGAUCCGGUACUGGCGGCAGCACGAGCGUGAAGCAGCAGCAGACCGAGUUCGGACAGCUGGACUGGAAGCAACAGCCAGAGUGACCGGACUGAGACCCAGCACUCGGUACCACGUCGCCGUUCUGGCGUACAACAGCGCCGGCACCGGGCCACCGUCGCCUCGCACCACCGUCACCACCAGGAAACCACCCCCUAAUCGUCGCCCGGGCAACGUGUCGUGGAAGGCUGAUGGCUCAACGGUAACGGUGAGGUGGGAUCACGUGAAGGCCAUGCACAAUGAAUCAGCAGUACUGGGCUACAAAGUUCUGUACAAACAUGAGGGCCAGACCUCACUGAAGGUUGUGGACAAGUCCAAGACGUCCAUUAAUCUGCCGCUGCCAAAAGACAGCGGCUACGUGGUGUUGGAGAUCCGGUCCUGGGGAGAAGGAGGGGACGGGCCUGCACACGAGAUUAUUGUGUCCCGGGACUCAGGAACUGGUAUGAUGGUGCAGAACGAGGCCUCCUCCACACUGUCCAGUCGGCCUCUCCACCUCCUCCCCGGCUUGCUUCUACUCACUCUUGUAUCGUUGGCAGGCCUGUGAUCUCAGCCCGUCACUGGACUUUUUGCUUUGAAUGGCUUGAAACUAAAGCUGUCCUGUGUCUCAGCCUGUGUUUGGGGUUGGGGUGGGUUCAGGUGGUCGGGAAAGGUUGUAGCACUGCAGAGAUUGGACGGGUGGGUUAGGAAGGAGGGGUUUCAGUUAUCAAUUUUUUUUAUAAUGACAACAAAGAGGGUUUUUUUUUUAAUCUGGAUGGAUUGAAAGGGUUGGGGAGCGGGGAAGCACUGUCUGCUUGUAUAUUUAUGUAUCAGUGUCAGUAAAACAAUGCCUUACCGGGACCAUCACAUAUGUGGCUGACGCGUCUCAUACACUGGUCAUCCCAACUGUAGCUGGCGAGACACAGAUUUCAGGUGUAAAUUAUUCAUAGAAUCAAUGCUGUGUAGAACUUGUGUACAUACAGUGCAGUCUUACAUGUGAUGGGUGUGUGCCUGUUCUGUCGACUCUGAGAGCAACUUGACUGAUAAGUCUGUUUUCUGAUCGGUUGUUGGUGGUGUAAAGAGCUGUAAAGGUCUGCAUCUACAAUAUGCUCCUCAUGCAUUUUUCACUGCUUGGUAAGUACGGUCAUAUUUGACCCUCGCUAAGUCCCAACCCUCGAGCGCAGACUGGCCAGUCAUAGCGGAGCAUUGACCAGCUCCGACCAAGGUCCAACAAAUCCGUCUCUGCUCCAUAGAUGCAUGCACUGGUUUCAGAUGUUCCUCAUGUUCAGACUGGUUUAGUGGAUUUGGAUCUCAUCAUGGUUAAACGUACUGUAUACUUAAUGUAAACGCAUACCUGUUUUCAUCCGUGAUUUAAUUAUAUAUUCAGUGUUUCAUAUUGUGAAAGACAUGGAAUUUCAUAGUGUAACUUUUCAUGUACACAUCAAAUUAUUUACACUUUAAACAUCAAACUCAUAAUUUUCCUUGUUUCAGGAUACCAUAUUGCCUUGUUUUUCCACAGCUCCCCUGAAAUGCAGCAUCACAUUGUUGAACUUGUUAUGCCUUGUUGCUCACAGUUUGAACACAGAAUCACUCACCGUAGCACUGAAGAACUUUUUUUCAUUGAUUUUCAGCUACAUAUAAUGUCUUCAUGCUUUUUUUUUUGUUGUCUCAGCUGUAAUUAUGGCAAGCUAUAGAAAAGCAUCACUGGUCCAAAUGAAUGUUUACAUUUUAUACUUUUAUGUCUCAUUUUUGGGGUUGUCAAAUUGGAUGAAUGAAGCGAGUAUUUUAUUCUGUGUUUACAUUUUGUUGUGCCUGUAUUAUUGGAAUAAUUUCUACAACAAUGUAAAAAUGCUUCUGUCCAGUGUUAAUUGGGUUUAUUGCAGCUGCCUUUAUGCUGGCAGGUUAAUAUGAAAUGGAUCAGCCACUGCCAGAAAUGAAAGAGUUGUUCGCCAAAGUUAUCAGAGAGUAGUUAACAGUGUCAUAUAUCAUUGUCAUUGUAAACUUGUCAGCAUCUAUCAGCUCUUAUGAAACAUUUCUGGUUCACUACAGAUUACAGGAGGGACGUGACCUCUUGUGCAUUGUCUGCCACUCAUUCCUGCAUAGUUAUCCUGUCCAGGUCAGGUCUGGUCAGCAAGUCAAAGAUAGAC